UUAACAGAUAUGUAGACUAGAGUUUUAAAAGAUUUCUUAUUUUAUAUCAUGUCGGACAUCCGCAUUUCCACAUUGCUUUUAAAUGGCAUGAAAACAUUUGGACAAUUUGGAGAGAUGUCAUGUGUUGGUCUGAAGUGUGGAGAUGACAUCACAGUAAAUAGCAGAUUUUGUAGUGCACUUGGAAAAUGUCUCAGAUUACCCAAAUUCACCCUACUUUCACUAUGAGUGCAGGGGGUUGAUACAGGUCGUAGAUGAGCAGCAGGAGGAGGUGCUUUAGAGAAGUCAUUCCUCCAUGGGCUGGAUAUGAUGUUGAUGUGCUGCUCUGACCAAACAAACACUCGAACUCUAGAACUUUCAUCAACAAAUCACUUCAUUUACUGAAACUGAGCGGGUUUAAUAUGUGUCAUUCGUGAUCAUCUGAGCGCUGGACUCUCCAUUGAAAUCACAUUCAAUCAACAGGUGAAACUCAAGAUGCCCAGCCAGACUCUGCGCCCCAGACUGUGCGUCCUGGAGAAGGACGAGAACGGAUACGGCUUCCAUCUGCACGGAGAGAAAGGCAAAAUCGGCCAGUUCAUCCGCCUGGUGGAGCCUGGUUCGCCCGCCGAGCUGUCCGGUCUGCGCGCGGGCGACCGGCUCGUGUUCGUGAACGGAGAGCGCGUGGAGAACGAGAGCCAUCAGCAGGUCGUGUUGCGGAUACGCGCGACCGCCGGUAAUCUGGAGCUCAUAGUGGUGGAUGUAGAGACCGACCAGCUGCUGAAGAAACACGAGCUGAUGUGCGUGAAGGAGUUCGUCACAGUGGGGAUUCCGGUGCCGGAGUGCAAUGAGCCCGAGUUCAGCGGGGAUCUGAUGGGGAACGACACACCGAGAGAGUCUCCGUCUCCAUCGCCGCCGGUGCCGGUGCCCAAGAGGAACGGAGAUAUCAUUCCCGUGCACAUUCCUGCGGUGGAGGAACUCCGAUCAUCCGUGAGCUCGGACAUGGACUUUAAACUGGAGCUCAGACCUCGGCUCUGUGUCAUUCGGAAAGGCCCCAAUGGCUUCGGCUUCAACCUUCACAGUGAGAAGUCCAGACCCGGUCAGUACAUCAGAGCUAUAGAUGACGACUCGCCAGCUGAGAGAUCCGGUCUGCAACCCAAAGACCACAUAAUACAGGUGAAUGGAGUUCCAGUGGAAGGCAAGCAGCAUUCGGAGGUGGUCGCUGCUAUUAAAGCCAGCGGAGAGGAGACAACUCUCUUGGUUGUAGAUCCAGACACAGACGCUUUCUUCAGGAAGUGUCAAGUGAUGCCCACUGCAGAGCACAUCACAGGACCGUUGCCUGAACCAUUGCUCAACGGAGACAUGGAGGACAAGGUUAAUGGAAAUGUGGCCAAACAGGUGCAGCUGAAGGACUCAAAGCUGUCCGUCAGUCCGCCUCCAUCCAAAACGUCACUCAUGGCCCCGCCCACUGAGACUCCGCCCAAUGAGGUGGUGGAGCCGUCAAUCGUAGAUGCCAUACCAGAGCUGAAUCUGUCCCUACAGCAGGUGAAGGAGCGCACUCACCAGAAACGCUCCAACAAGAGAGCUCCACCCAUGGACUGGAGCAAGAAAUAUGAACUCUUCAGCAACUUAUAGACCUUCAUCAGACCUCUACAUCCAUCGAGACUUUUUGAUACAGACACAGCAGAUGAUAUAAAGAGGUCGUCAGUAGGCCACUCUGAUAUAUAUAUACGUAUAUGUACUGUGUGUGUAUAUACACACACAUAUUUAUAUUGUACUCACAAAUAUAUAUUUUAUUACUAACAGAGAUUAUUUUUAAUUUAGGGAAAAUGCAAUGUAACAUUUUACAACUGUGAUGUAUUUCAAUCAUUGACUGUGUUCAGAACGGAAUACUAACUUUCCACCUACUGCAUACUGCAUACUAUUCACUAUUUGCAAGUGAAACAUUUCAAACAGUAGUGUGCUAUGUUGCUGUCACAUGACCUGAUGUUGCAUGUGAGUGGCAUCCAGUAAUCAUCUUGGAAAUGAAUACACUUAUUUGCAUUUUUAUUGUAGUAGGUCAUCUGGAGAUUUCAUGCAUUCAACCAGUGCUCUCAAACAGUAUAUAAAAGUAUGCUAUAUCAUGCAGAAAUAUAAGAAAAGUAUGUUAAGAUGCUAUUCUGAACAUAGCCAUUGUACCUAAUGCACCAUGUAUGUUUGAAAUUGUUGCGGUGUGUGUCAUGUGUGAUUUUUUUAUGCCAUCCUUAGCCUUAGACUGAUUUCUCUUCCAAUUCUGUUUCUCUGAAACAUUUCAGUUUUAUAAUAUUAGACUAAAUGAAGACUAUAGAUAGAAUUGAAUCCAUAAAUCCUGACUUUCGUAGUAAACCAAUGAGUGCAUUUGUUAACUAGGAAUGAUAGAUCAUAUAUACGGGAAUAUUGCCAUCCUUCUUGAAAACUGAUAUGCAUUGGGGUCCCAGUAGGCUAUAUGAACUGACUGAAAAGAAAUUGCAUUUAAAAUGUUGUAAUGUAUGUACAAAAUUCUGAUUCAACAUUAAAAUUUCAAGAUGUAAAAGCUAAUUUGUGACAUUGACUAACGCCUUCCCAGAUAGCACACGUACUCUGAGAUGUCUGUUUUUUAUAUCUUUUCAUCUGGAAAGCAUUUUAAAAAGAUCAGUCUCAAAGACAUCUGCUAUAGACGUCUUGCAGAUGAGCAAACAAUUUAAAAUAGACGUCAAAUAUAUGUCUGGGUGAUGUAUGUGUGCUAUCAGGGUUUGCACCAAAGUUCAGAGGUCAUGCCACAGGCUUGCAGGCAAAAGGGUUCAUAACAAAUACAAAACAAUUCUGAAAUGUCUAUUUUUUUUAUUUUUCUUAAGUUGUUUUGCUAAUAAACGAUCUGUAAUGAAAAAUAUUGUAUUAUAUAUGAAAAAUUGAAGUUUUUUCACGUGGUCUCAGACUGUCAAAGUGCUUUCCUGUUCUAAUCACCAUCUUCCACUGUUUGAUUUCAUUUAUUUCUGUUUGUUUUAUGUAUUUAGUCCAGAGUUGACCCGCCAUAAUACUGCACUUGAUCACUGUCGUGUAUUGGUGUCAUUUCCUGCAUGUGCGAAUGUUAUUUCCAUGUAACAAAUCAUUUAUA